UCUUCCAGCACAGUCUCUCGAACGGUAUAAAAACCAGGAUAUGUAGAGGUUGGAGACUCAGCAGCAUCUCUCGUUUGCUUUCAUAUCCUGCAUCCUGGUCAUCAUGUUCCAACACGCUUUCCGCCAAUUCGUCUUCACCGCCGCGGUGCUCGCACUGGUGUCGGCCAUCCCGACUGGAGAACUUGAAGAGCGUGCAAGCUGCACAAUCUCUUCUGUCUCGACUGCCUCGGACAUCUCGAGCUGCUCGUCGGUCACCAUCUCGGCGUUCACUGUUCCCAGCGGAAGCACCUUGACGCUCUCUCCCAAAUCAGGUGCAACUAUCACCAUGGCUGGUGACAUCACCUUUGCCAAGACAUCUAGCGAUGGACCAUUGUUCACCAUCGACGGUGAUGACGUCACAUUCAAUGGCGCGGGAUACUCAUUCGACGGAAAUGGUGCCGAAUACUGGGAUGGUGAAGGCACGAACGGUGGUGUCGACAAGCCUCAUCCGUUCUUGAAGUUCAAGGGCUCCGGUACCUACUCCGACUUUACGGUUUUGAACAGCCCCGCCCAGGCUAUCUCUAUAGGCAACAGUGACGGCCUCGUCUUUGACAGCAUCACCGUCGACAACAGUGAUGGUGAUACCGAUGAUCUUGGUCACAACACCGAUGGUUUCGAUGUCUCCGCUGACGACGUGACUAUUCAAAACUCUGUCGUAAAGAACCAGGAUGAUUGCAUUGCUAUCAACGAUGGCUCAAGCAUCAUCUUUAAGAACAACAAGUGCUCUGGUGGUCAUGGAAUUUCGAUCGGUUCUAUCUCUAGUGACAAGUCCGUCACCGAUGUUACCAUCUCUGGCAACACCGUUACGGAUUCGAUGUACGGAUUCAGAAUCAAGGUCAAAGCCACAGCCACUGACGCGUCAGUGUCCGCCAUCACGUACUCUGGAAACACCCUCAGCGGCAUCGAAGAGUACGGUGUCUUGAUCACCCAGUCCUACCCUGAUGAUGAGGGUACCCCAGGAACUGGUGGUCCCAUCUCGGACGUGAACUUCACUGGAAGCACCACCACUAUUACGGUCGGAGAUGACGCCAAGCGCCUGGCCGUUGACUGCGGAGCCUGCUCCGGAACUUGGGACUUUUCCAAAUUGAAGAUCACCGGCGGAUCAGCAGGAACAGUUGAUAGUGACGAUGCUACUAUUUCUGGAGGCACUUACUAAGGCCGCUGAUUUCUAAUUUCUGUCAGUUAAUAAUAAUAUUCUUUAAUAUAUUCUUGGUUAUUAUCUUCUGGAA